GUCACAGAAUUCGCUCGUUCCCGUGUCGGUUUUUAUUUCCAGUUUCUUUCUUUGUGAAAAACUGAUCAUUAUUUUAUAAUUUCUUACUAUAUUGAAGAGAUUAUAAUAAACUAGGAGUAAGUACAAGUGUACAUUGCCUUUAUCUUAUAUUUAUUUAGGAGUUUGAGCUCAGGCGGUUUUUUCAAUGUUGCGGUCUUUAUCUAAUAACCUUAUAAAAUGCCGGUCUAUUUAUGCUGAUUCAUUUUUCAAUAAACACUGUCGUUGUUCAAUCUCUUCUGGAGGGACACAAUCUAAAUUUGCACCAGCGUCGAAAAAAGUAGUUACGGCAAUGGCUGAAGACAAGUCAAAUUUCUUGUUGCCCAACAACCAGAGAUUUGUGGAAUUGGAUAGUUCUCAAGCAUUCAACAAUUUGUCUAAUCAAGAAAAGCUAUAUGCCCAUUAUCUUAGUCAGGCUGCAUGGAAUGGUGGACUUAUAGUUCUUGCUCAGACCAGCCCUGAAUCCCCGAGGAUCUUCUCUUUAUUGCAUAGAAUUUUUGUUGGUGAACCAACUGAAGAUCUCAAGAAAUCAGCCCUGAGUGCUGGUGUUACUGAAGAUGAAUUCCAGGCUUUUCUAGUUUAUGCCGGAGGUAUAUUUGCUAACAGUGGCAACUAUAAGGGUUUUGGAGAUACCAAGUUCAUCCCCAACUUGUCUAGUGAAGCUUUUGGAAAGAUUGUGAAAGCUUCAAAGGCGUAUGAGAGUGACAACACUCACAUUACCAAGUUGUGGCAAAAUACACAGAAGGCUAUAUUCAGUCUUGCCCCACGGCUAACAAGUCUUGGUCUUGCUGAUAAGGGUGUGACCACAUACUUUUCAAGCAAUGUAACGAAGGAGGACUCUGAUUUGGUCAAUGACUGGAUGAAAGGGAAGCGUAUGGAGGCCUACAUCUGUAGAACAUUCAAAACUGUUGCUGAAGAUGGCCUUCCUCUGUUCACCAUCCACUUGGCUAGUGCAGAGAAGAAGCCGAAACCAGGUCUCACUAUGGAAAAGGAAAAGUUCAAGAAUGCAUACUUCCAAGUGACUCGCGGUGACUACUCACCUCUUCUAGAACUUGUGAACCAAAACCUGGAGAAGGCAGUGACAUAUGCCGCCAAUGACAAUGAAAGGAACAUGCUCAAACAUUACAUCAACAGCUUCAAGGAUGGAGACUUGGAAGAGCACAAGGAAGGCAGUAGAUACUGGAUCAAAGACAAGGGACCCAUCAUUGAAACGUACCAGGGUUUCAUAGAAACCUACCGCGACCCGAGCGGGCAGCGCGGAGAGUUCGAAGGCUUCGUCGCGAUGGUCAACAAGGAAAUGUCCAAGAAGUUCGGCAGACUCGUCGACGGAGCUGAAGACUUCCUGAAGCUGCUGCCGUGGGGCACUGACCUCGAGAAGGACAGCUUCCUGAGGCCUGACUUCACCAGUUUGGACGUUUUAACGUUCUCCGGUAGCGGCAUUCCGGCUGGUAUCAACAUUCCGAACUACGACGAGAUCCGGCAGAACGAGGGCUUCAAGAACGUGUCGCUCGGCAACGUGAUCCCCGCCGCGUACAAGGAGUCCGUCGUCCCCUUCCUCAGCGAGCAGGACAAGGCGCUGCUCGAGCAGUACCGGGUGCCGGCUUUUGAGGUGCAAGUGGGCCUCCACGAGCUGCUGGGCCACGGCAGCGGGAAGCUGUUGAGACAGAACGCCGACGGAACCUUCAACUUCGACAAGGAAAAAGUCAAGAAUCCACUAACUGGCAAACCCAUAGAGUCGUGGUACACGGACGGAGAGACGUACGACAGCAAGUUCACGACGCUGGGCUCGGCCUUCGAGGAGUGCCGCGCGGAGGCCGUCGGGCUCUACCUGUCGCUCGAGACGCAGAUACUGGAAAUAUUCGGCUACACGGGCCAGGAGGCAGAAGACGUGACGUACGUGAACUGGCUGAGCCUGCUGUGGAACGGGGGCGCCAAGGCUACUGAGAUGUACCAGCCUGCCAACAAGACUUGGCUGCAGGCACACGCACGCGCUCGCUUCGUCCUCAUGCGUUUACUAGAGCUAGAGGGAGACGGCAUGCUUACCGUGACAGAGACGGAGCCCGGCAAGGACCUGCUACUGACGCUGGACCGGACUAGACUGCGGACGCAGGGGAAGAAGGUUAUCUGUGAAUUCCUAGUAAAGCUGCAAACGCUGAAGGCGACGGGCGACGCGGCGGGCGCGGAGGCUCUCUUCGCGAAGUACAGCGAGCUCGCGGCGCCGUGGGACCGCUGGCGAGACAUCGUCAUGAUGCACAAACAGCCCAGGAACAUCUUCGUGCAGCCUAAUACUAAGCACGUUGACGACACGGCAGAGCUGAAGCGGUACCCGGCUACUGCUGAAGGCAUGAUCACGUCCUGGGUGCAGCGGUUCCCCUCGACCAAUGUGGACGACAUGUUGGAACAAAUAGCCGAAGCGGAUACAAAGUACUUCGCCGAACUACAGCCGCUGUUAGCCUAGUGGACCGUCUGGCAAUGAGUGAAUGAUAUAUUGUAAUACAAGUAUUUUAAUAAUAUAAUAAUUUUGGAAAAGUU